AAAUGAACAAGGUUAUGAACGAUAAUUCCGAAAUUGGGAUGAAAGAGAUGAUUGAAUCUUCGAGGGACGAAUCUAAAAGAAAGCAAUAUGAAUUCGAUCAUGAGCGAUAUGAAAAAGAAAGAGCGACACCAAACAUUGAAGAAAUUGCAAUUCCAUCCCAGAUAUUAGUUAGUGGGCAGAGAGGCAAUCUCAGAAAGAAAAAUGCCUAUACGACCCAGGAAAGAUUAGAAACCGAUGUAAAUAUUAUUUAUAAAUAAUCUGGACCUCGGACAUGCAAAUAUAUUGCUGCUAAAGAAGAAACGAACAGCUACUAUUGUUAGAUGCCACUUUUGCAAUCAUAAGGUAAAGACAUUUGUACUAAAAAGAAGAAGUUGAAGACAGAAGUUAUGUUGAUGCUUUAUGUUCUGUACUAUAUUAUGUUGAGUAUAUUCAUGAAUUCCUCUAUGAAUAGACAGCUGUUUUAACUACGAUCACUAUUGAACUUAUUGAAACAGAUAUCUUGGAUGAACAUAAAAUGAUACAAUACUUUGUUUUAUAAUUUCAAUACCAACA